CCACUAAUUCAGGCUGUUUUGUAAAUUCAGGUCUGUUGAGUACUAGGAAAACCUAAAUAGCAUAGAUGCUUUUGUGCAGGUGUUCUAAGCACUUCUGUAGGACUUGGAUCCUAGAGACAUGUAUAGCAUAGUACACAAGCAUGUAAGAUGCAUUCAACUAGAGCAUUCCUCAUGCUGUCCUGGAUUUGAGAGAUCUGGUUUGAUGCUGUCUUAGCAAUCAGCGUAGGUCAUUUGUUUUUUAGCUGUGAAGCUACUGUUGUUUUAUAACAGAAUCUGGAUACUAUUUCAGUUUAUAUUGUUGUUUCUCAGGAAAGCAACAAGUGCCAUCUCUGGCUUUUACAUGUUUUCAUCAGCUGUCGGUAUGCAGGGAUAACCAGUUUUCUACGUGUAGCCAGGGAGCCAGAAACAACUUAGUUUAUAGAAAAGAUCUUCAUUACUUAACCUUUGCUGGAAUGGAUUAAAAAUAACAUGCUUCUGCUGGUGUGGUUACUGAGUGGGUUCCGAUGGUCAUGUAAUCAUAAGGCAAUUCUGGGGUGUUUGCUGAUGUCAUAAAUGCAGAGAUCAGUCCUGUCUUCAGAUGUUAAAAGGAUCUGUUCAAUACCAAAGUGAAAAAUACUGAAAUAAUGCUGAUAAUGAGAGAACUCAUGAACUGACUUCUUCAGACUGAUAGGCACUCAAGUUUUCAAAAUCUUCGAGCAGUCUAGCACACAGACAUAAUGACUGCACUUGAUUGCCCAGCUGGUGCAUUUUAAAUGCCUAGUGAUAGACUCAAUACUACUGAGUCACUGAGUAUUAGAAUCUGAAAUUUGCUAAUGUUUUGUAUCAUUCACCAGCAGCAAGUUCUCCUAGCUGGAUCCAUAUGUUUCCUUCCUGCCGGUUAAGAUUCGUCUCAUACUCCUAGUCACUGAAGAAAUCUCUUGGACCUGGUUUCUUAUGGUCUUUAUAUGGAUGUUAGGUUCUGUUUAAUAGAGCGGAUCUGUGUAUGAGAAUGUAUCAAACAAUAGCAGCAUUAUCAUCCUGCAUUUUUAUUUAAACAGAGAAAAAGGCUUCAGUUGCUGCAGAGCUUACAUUUUGACUUUGGCCAUGAUUGACUAAGACGUCAGUACCCCAGUGUCAGAGAAGACAGGUAGUAAUUCCCUCUACCUGGAUGGCACCUGCAAUCUUUCUGCAUCAUAUGAGCAUUCUGGUUACACAUCUGUAUCUGAGACACUGAAGGGCUGUUUCAGCAAGGCAGGAGGCAUCUAUCCUGGAGGAGAGGAGGGAUUUGCCAUUCUUCGUUUCCUCACAAAAUGGAUGCCUUCUAGCCGAUCGGCGAGUCCUGCUGCUGCCUCAUGUCCGGCAGCAUCUCUGAAUGAUCACAUGACUCUUGAUAUGGAUGCAGUCCUGUCAGACUUUGUUCGGUCCACAGGGGCAGAACCAGGUCUGGCCAGAGACUUACUAGAAGGCAAAAACUGGGACUUGACAGCAGCUUUAAGUGACUAUGAGCAGCUCCGGCAGGUGCACACCGCCAACCUGCCACAGGUGUUCAACGAGGGCAAGUACUGCAAGCAGCCCGAGCCCGAGCAGCCUCCUCAGGUGACAAAGGCCGAGCGGCCCUGCCUGCAGCGGCAGGAUGACAUCGCUCAAGAAAAGCGGCUUUCCAGAGGCAUUUCUCAUGCCAGCUCAGCCAUAGUCUCUCUUGCUCGAUCACAUGUAGCAAAUGAAUGCAGCAAUGAACAAUUUCCUUUGGAGAUGCCCAUCUACACAUUCCAGCUACCAGACCUUAGUGUGUACAGCGAAGACUUCCGAAGCUUCAUUGAACGUGACUUAAUUGAGCAGGCAACUAUGGUUGCUUUGGAGCAAGCAGGUCGUUUGAACUGGUGGUCCACUGUGUGUACGAGCUGCAAACGUCUUCUUCCCUUGGCCACAACAGGUGAUGGAAACUGCCUCCUGCAUGCUGCCUCUUUAGGCAUGUGGGGAUUUCAUGACCGGGAUCUUGUUUUACGGAAGGCGCUCUACACUAUGAUGAGAAGUGGAGCUGAAAGGGAAGCACUGAAAAGAAGGUGGAGAUGGCAACAGACCCAGCAGAAUAAGGAGUCAGGUUUAGUGUAUACAGAAGAAGAAUGGGAGCGGGAGUGGAAUGAACUGCUCAAGCUGGCAUCAAGUGAGCCUCGCACGCAUUUCAGCAAAAAUGGAGGCACUGGUGGUGGGGUUGAUAAUUCAGAAGAUCCGGUGUAUGAGAGCCUAGAAGAGUUCCACGUUUUUGUCUUGGCCCACAUUUUAAGACGACCUAUUGUUGUAGUAGCAGACACAAUGUUACGAGACUCUGGUGGAGAAGCAUUUGCGCCUAUACCAUUCGGAGGAAUUUAUUUGCCACUGGAAGUUUUACCUAACAGAUGCCAUUGCUCACCUCUGGUUCUAGCCUAUGAUCAGGCACAUUUCUCUGCUCUUGUUUCCAUGGAACAAAAAGAUCAACAGAGAGAGCAAGCGGUGAUCCCCCUGACUGACUCUGAACACAAGCUGCUGCCUUUGCACUUUGCGGUCGAUCCUGGGAAAGACUGGGAGUGGGGAAAAGAUGACAAUGACAACACCAAACUGGCCAAUUUGAUUCUGUCUCUUGAGGCAAAGCUUAACCUUCUACACAGCUAUAUGAAUGUAACGUGGAUACGCAUACCAUCUGAAACACGGCAGGCCCCUUUGGCUCAACCAGAAUCCCCUACAGCUUCAGCUGGGGAGGACGUUCAGUCUCUGGCUGACUCAAUGGACUCGGACCGAGAUUCCAUCUGUAGUAAUUCCAACGGCAGUAAUGGAAAAAACAAUAAAGAGAAAGAAAAGGACAAACAGAGGAAGGAUAAAGACAAAAACAGGACGGAUUCAGUUGCCAAUAAAAUAGGAAGCCUCAGUAAAACCCUAGGAAUUAAGCUGAAAAAGAAUAUGGGUGGUCUUGGAGGCCUGGUGCAUGGCAAAAUGAGCAGGGCAAAUUCAGGGAAUGGAAAAAAUGGUGACACCAUGGAGAAAGUCAAAGAGAAGAAGUCUAAGUCUCGGAAAGGUAGCAAAGAGGAAUCUGGACAGUCUGCAAGCACUUCUCCAUCUGAAAAGACCACCCCAUCUCCUACUGACAGAGCUAGCAACUCACCCAUUGAAAAGAUGAACACAAAAUCUUUCUCUGACAAGCAGGCUGACCCAUGGAAAUACAGCACUGAUGUGAAACUCAGCCUCAAUAUUUUGAGAGCGGCCAUGCAGGGUGAACGCAAGUUUAUUUUUGCUGGCCUUCUUUUGACCAGCCACAGGCAUCAGUUCCAUGAGGAGAUGAUUGGUUAUUACCUAACCAGUGCACAGGAGCGUUUCAAUGCUGAGCAGGAACAGAAAAGAAAGGAUGCUGAGAAAAAGGCUGCGUUGAAUGGGUCAUCUAGUAGGAAGCUGGAGCCGGAAGCGUAUUCGAAAGAAAAGUCAGAAACAUCUCCUCAGGAUAGGGCAUCACCUGUCUUGCCUCAAAGCCAUACGACUCAGCUGGUUUUAAAAUUUAAAGAUCGCACUAGUCCCACUCCAGGGUCGUUUUCUUCACCUAGUAAUGGUGCUAAGAAAAGUGGACCCAUUCCAGUAUCUGCCCACUAUAGCCAUACGCCACCUGUUCAAAGGCAAAGUGUCAUCCAUCUGCAUGAUGUCAACUCCAAGCCAUCGAGCUUCCAAGAUGACACUUACAAGCCAGUGGUUGGCACAUUAAAAACCUGUGCCACGUAUCCCCAGCAAAACAGAUCACUGUCUUCUCAGAGCUACAGCCCAGCCCGGAUAACUGGUAUCCGCACAGUGAACACAGUGGAAUCACUGAGCUAUGCCAUGCCUACUGAACACAAGUCUCAGACAUACACUAAUGGAUUUAAUACUGGCGACAUUAGAGACUGCUUAGAAUAUGCUGAUGAGGAUGCUCCUCAGACCUGGUUGAACAAUGAUAAAAAUCAAGGCAGAAGCACAGUUUGCCCAAUAUAUCCCAUCCAGCAGAACCGCUGUAAGAAGGAUAACUGUUCCUUUUAUGGUCGUCCUGAGACUGACAAUUACUGUUCAUACUGCUACAAAGAAGAGCUGAAGCGCAGGGAGAGGGAAAGUAAGGGACACAGGCAUUGAGGAUUCUUCCGUGACUAUAUUUAGUUUUACCAUUUUCUUACUUGCAGAGUAAACAGUGUUGAAUUGCAGUAAAAGGAAUCCUUCGGAAAAGAAUAAAGGAUUGAUGAGUAAAUAGUGUCUAGCUUUUCGCUUUUCCUGGGCAAUGAGGAAAUAAUAGGAUUAAUUUAUCAUAAAGAAAUAUAUAUUAUUUUCCAUUUUGUCAGUGUCUUUUUUACAUAUUCUGGGUAAGCUGAAGGGUUGUUUACUUCUUUGUCAGUGCUGUGUGUAUGUUUGGUCAAAAAUUUACUAAUGGUGCCUGAAUUUACACUGACAUCACUCAGGUAGUAGUAUGAUAGGGGAAAGUCAUAAUACCGGAGAUGUGGUGUUGUAGUAGGGUAGUAUCUGCCUUGUAAACAUUUGAGAUUCUGUAGCUGUUACGAGAGUAUUUUUUUCCUCAGCAAGAAUAAAUUUUUCAUAGCUUUUCUUUCUUUCUGGAGGGUAGCGACUUUUGCAUAACGCACAUUUUUAACAUGGCAGCAUACUGCACUAGCACUAAUGUUCAUACUCACUUCAGUUUGAGAUGGAGUGAUUCUAGGAAGCUGGAAGUGGAAGGUCUGAAUUCACGAGGGCUGUAGCUCUUCCUGAUUUUAAGUUCUCAGCAGUUAUUUGUACAUGUCCAUUAAAAAGUAGAUUUGCGCCAUUUUUACCUGUAUUGACUUUGUAAACAUAUUUUAUAUAAAGACAUUAUGACCUGCAAGACUUCACUUCCUAAGGGGAAAAAAAAAAAAAGACAAAAUUUAUAUAAAAAACUCAGUAUAAUUUUGGGCACCUGAGUCUCAGUAGCUUCUAAAUUUGGAAAAAAAAAAAAUAAUAGUAAAAUCAAAAUAUAAACAUUGUGUUAGAUUUGGAAAAUUUGAUGACCAGCUAGGAAAUGUAGGAUCAAUUUAGAGCUGAAUGAACUGCUUGUCAAAACAGAUGUAUUGCAUCCCCAGAUUGCUUUAGCCGUAAUAUAAAUUUAAUCGUUAUUUGUUUAUUCCUUUUCCAACAUUGUUGACUGAUAGUUACUGCAAACGUGAUUAUUUCUGAGCAUUUCUUGAAGACAUUUGACCCCACCUGUUUUUGAGUCAUCUUCAGCAAGUCGUACAUCUACCAGGAGGUUUCAAGAUGGCUAUAAAAUGCCUGCAGGCACAAACGCCUUCUCCUAGCACAGAUGUGCACAAGUCUGAUUUCCAGAUAUUUACAUAAGUAUUUGCAGUACCUUUGAAAAUAAAACUGUUCAUAGAAACAUUUCUGUAAUGCAAAUACCAGAAAUGCUGUUCAAGUAGGUGCUUGAAAUUAGCAUGUUUUCUUGAAUAUUGCCUACACAUUUUUAUGCCAUUCCCGCCGCCCACUGGCAUAACGUAACAAGAGCAGAUCUUUACUGUAGUUGUGCUUGUGAGCAAUGGUUCAUCAGCAGUGUCCCUACAUUUUUUAAGCUCAUUUUCCACAAGGAAAUACAGCAUAGCAUUGCCUUCAAGAAUGCUUGCUCUGUCAUCUCAAGGUGUAGGACGUGAGUUCUGCCUUAUGCAUUACAGAAUAGCUUUCUUCCAGCCUGCACCAAGCAGGUUGUUUCCCAGGGGUCGUUGUUUCUGCUGCUUUUCUGGUGUACCCAUAGUGAGGGAGUCCAUGAAACACAAUACACAGCCUUAUGCUGAUGUUUCUGAAAAGCACAUACAUGCUUCUCAUGUCCCUCAGAAAUUUAUGAAACUGAACACAAAUUUAAAAUUGACUACAUGAUUUAAAGAGAUUUAAAGAACACUUUCAGAGUAAGUCCAUCAGCUGCUCCUCAAAGCCCUGGUUGUUCCCUUGUCUGCUGUUCCAUGAAUCCAGACUUGUACUUCAUGUCUUUGAGCAGUAUAUUGAGCACGCACUGGAUGUCACUGAAUUUGCAGCCUUUCAUAAAGGGGAAGUAUUGGGAAGCCUAAUGAGAAAUUGAAACUCAUUGGGACUUCUGUCCUUAAGGUAAACAGGUUCUGAAACGUGACUCUGGUUGAAUACACUGGUAAGCAGUGAUCUGUUUGGGCUAAAUGUGAUGACAUGCAAGUUCUCAUUGCCAAAGAAAUCCGUGGUUUCAAGUUAUGUUAAAACAGGACAGAAUAUGUUAGAUGAGACAUUGGAUGAGAUUGUAUUUGCUGUUGAGAUGGAUGAAUCUGACAGGAUAAAAGUUCAUAUAAUAAAUAUUUAAGAAUUCUUAGAGCAUUACAGUAGUGGUUGCAUUUGAUGCUCUGGGAGAUGUUUGUGUGAAGUUGUGCUUAGGAAACAAUAUAGAAGCAGCAAAGUGCACCAACCCGUGGAUCUGAGUCAGGUGUUUCCUUCUGAGUGAGGAGAACAAUAACAGUGCAUGUCUAAAACCAAGGAAUUACCAUGAGAAUUUACUGCUUUGCAUUUUUCAAAGGAAUUGUUUGUGAAGUAUGUUUUUAAGACGUGCUGUUCACAACAUGAAGUUUAUAGAAGAUCAGUAUUUAGAUAAAGGACUCGUCUAAGGGUGAUGAUGUCAGAGCCUUUGUGCCUGACCUGGCCCCCUGUCGGAACCUGUAAGUUACUGCUGAGCCCAAGCUGUACAGAAAUCACUUUUGGUUUUAGAGAUCCCUGUUCAUUUUUUCUGUUAGCUCAUGUGGCUGCAAUACACAUGUAUUUACACCACUGUACGUGCCUUUUUUCUCUUUAAUAGCAAUUGGACAUUAUCACUGUUGCCCAGAAUCCAAAAGCCUGGGUGGAUGACACCCUCCCAGAACAGCUCCAGAAUCACCAGGAGAUCCUUAGAUUGGAGGAAGCUGAAAUGUUUAAAAUGUGUGGAUGUGCAGUGUUUAAACCUAUUACGCUUUUCUUUAAUUUCUUUGUAAUCUCAGAUACAGAGGUCUGCUCAUAACACAGCAGGCCUGUAAUACAAAGUGGGUUUCAGCUUUACAUUGAAGUUCCAUUUAAAAUGCUCUAUAAGGAGUUAAUAAACUUUUGCUAGACUUUUCAGAUGUGGGUGUCAGUGGUUACAGACGGCUAACAAGCAGCUCAUUCAGAAGAAGGUGGUAUAGGUUACCAAAAGCAACUUUUAAAUUUUUAAGUGAUUUUUAAAUGAUUGAUUAACCUCUUGUUAAUAUAAUUCAUUAUGCUUUAUAACUGCAGUGGGAACAGUGUGUGUGACCCAGAUUCCUUUAGCAGUUACUUCCUUCUUUUUAAGUCAAAGGUAACAUGAGAAGCAUCAGUGAAAGAAAAAUGCUGUAUUUGGAGAUUGCAUUGCUUAUUUCUUAGUGCAUCUAAAUAGGCCAAGUGAAGUCUUCAGGGUCAUCUUUUCUAAAAUCACAAAAACUCAUUAUAUGAGCAGUGUCACUUGAUAGAGAAAGCGUUGAGGAGAGAUGCUUAACAUGGGUUUGUGCACCAUUUGACUGCAGAUCAAAGCAGUCUGCUGAGGCAAUAUACAUACAGGCAUAUUCAGGGUAAUCUACUUCUCUUGUGAUGAUGAAUGUGUAGAUAUCAAAAAAUGCACAGCACAGAUCUGACAAAAUACUGCCCUCCAACUCCCUGAUUCUGCAAACAAUUACACUGGUGCUCAACUUCACCAAUAUGAACAGUCUUCCUGACAUAAAGGAGACUGCUUAUUUUCAGAAGCUUAACGUAACUGUUAAGAAACUUAGCAUAGAAGUUGGUGGGAUGGAGGCCAGAGCCCUUCAGCCAGCGCUUGUUCUCAGGCUGCUUGUCGGUGCUCUUCCAGUGAGAGAAUGGGUGAGAAUCGUGCCCGAGGAGCAGAGGGAUGCUUCAGGCCUUUGUGGGCUGUAUCUGCUGUCCUGUGAAAUCUGCAGACAGAAUGCCAUUAGUAGAGGGGGCCUUAAGUCAGGUGCUUCACGGACGCUUAAAAUACUUGCAAGCUGGAUGUGAGAGCAGAGUAUGAGCUAGCACAGAACUAAAGUCUUCAUAACACUGGGAAUGCUCUGCAGUUAGGAACCUGUGUGUUGACAGAUACCACAAUGAUCUCAGACAGGCAGAGGUCCAGGGAAGCAAAGUAACUGAUGCUGAUUGUGGAUGGUUUUUCUGUUUUGUGUAUUUAAGUCUGUCAGUGUAUUUGAAGCGUAUUUGUUUUAAGGUAUGACAGCUUACAGAGAGGAUCACCAAAAGGUAGACAGCAUAGAACUUAAACUAUUUCGGUGUCAGGCACUAAUCCCUCUUUUAAUUUGCACAUUAAUUUCCUACGUACGUGACUAAAAAUACUGUAUUGUUAUAAAUGAGAGGAAAAAACCGCAGUGCUGUUUGUAAGUAUGUUCUGUUUGUAGACUUCAGGCUGUAUUAUGUUGGAAUUUUACAAGCCAAGUUUAAACUGUAAUAUAGAAAUUAUUUUUAUAUUAUUUUCAAAAUACGCUACAGAGCAAUAUUUUGCGCCUUUAUUAUAAACAGGGUCAUCAUUUUAGUAGGUUACCUUCCAAAGUGCUGGUAGAAAUCAACCACGAAAAGAAAGCUUUGUAAAAAUGUGUGUGUUGUUUCUAACUGCUGUCUGUUGUGCACAUCUGUGUCUAAUGAGAGUUGAAUAUACAGGUUUUUUUCUUAAUUGAAAAGCUUUAAAUUUUUCUUUAUAUAUUUUGGUAAAACCCUGUUCCUCCCUAUCUCCUUCUGCUCUUCCUUCUGGUCGCUACCAGUAGCCACUUUUAUACGCAGCUUAUGAAUAAACAUUCACCUGGAAAGUUUUCUUACCAAAUGAAGCGUUUCUGCACCAAUACUGACUGACCCAGGAUGUUGGUAACAUACUCUGCAUCCACUGAUGUCCGAUAAUUUUGCUUUUUAGAAAGAUGGAGUCUUGGGUUUACCGUUCCUUGCGAUUGAAAAUCAAGGCGUAGUAAUCAGUGCAGUGAUUUAGCAUCUGUGGGAAGAAAAUCGCUAUAGGUCAUAGAGGUGUCAUCUUGUAAUUGGCAGAUUGUAUCUGAAUAUAUUUGGAAUGUGUUGCCUCCUUGCAGAUUAAGGUGUGCAGAUUUCAUUUCUUCAUGGGUUUUGUACUGUACGUCCCAAGUACUGGUGAGUCAUCCAAAAAAGGACUUUACGAACUGAGGCAUAUUUUAAGUUGGGAGUUGGUACAGAUUUUAGAAUUCUAACUUUUGUGAUUUUGUUUAUUUGCCUUUUUUUUUUUUUUAUAAUGAAUUUCCUAUUAAGUUAUGUACUCCAACCAAAAAAGUAGAAUCUGGAUGCCUGAUGUGACAAUUCUGCAUACAGGUUUCUCCUAAUAAACAGACUGGUUUUAAGGUGGACUGAGCAUCAGUUUCUGGGGGAGCACAAGCUCUUGGCUCCGGAAAAUCAGGGGAGCAUUACUCCAGCACAUAUCCAGGGUUUUGCUUUAUUUUUCUGCUUAUUUUUACUCAGUGUAAAUUGCAUUUUAUCUUCAGUGUUUUUCCAUGUGUGAACAAAUAAUUGGGCUUAUUCAUAGGGUGAUUGCUUGCCUAUGGAGAGACUUGCUUUGUACCAAAAGACCAUAUUGUUAUACAUUAACCUACUGCAGUCAAAACAGGGCUAGCGUAUUCCACUGAUGUUCCUGGGUAGUGUACUCACUCUGAUUUUUUUCCUCUCAAGUAAAUACACUGUUCUGAUUGCUGUUUUAUCUCCCAUUACCUGUAUGCAUGUACUGUAUCAAGAGAAUUGAAAUGGCUGAUGCACAUUUGCACUGUGGAACACGUGAUUUGGGUAAAAGCCACCAGGUUCCAAACAGCCUUAAAAUUAUGACUCUCUGGGGACCAGGAGUCACUUAACUGGAUGCAGCCUCUGCCCCACUUCUCAUUUAGUCAUGGCUGUAAAGCAUUCUAGCUUGCUGUGCUCUGCAUAAGCAUCUGCAUAUUCAUCCAAACAACCCGUUACUUUAAAAGACGUUUUUCUUUAAAGACUUGCAGUUCUUUAUAAGAGUCACUGUGUCAGAAGACCUUACUCAACAUAAGCAACAAGGGUAAAAGCAGGUGCACGUUGGGCAGCGCAGGAACCCGGCACCACAGUACUGCAGAAGGGAAGGUUGUGUCAGGAACCAUUUCCUUUCAGGACUGGAAGUGUAGAUCUUUGUGUGUCCUGGGAAAGCAAAGGAAUGUUGCUUUGCUGUUUAUCUUUGCAUAGUUGAAGCAUCUUUGCAUGUUGAAGCCUGAUGCUUUGAUGCAGAGGUUUUCCCUUUGCCAAAAAGCAAAUUCUGCAGCGUCAACACCAUCUGAGAUGACAGAAGUAUGAACCAACGUUAGAACCAGGCAGUGCCUGAGGAGCCCCUGUGUGAGUGCUGUCUAUUUCAUUUUCCUUUUCCCCUUUCUUUCUUUCUUCUUCUUUUUUUUUUUUUUUUUUUAAGCGGAAAAUUAAAAACUUGAAAACUGGUAUGAUAAUGACUUCUUUUGUUCAUGUGCAAAAUCAACGUGAACAUGAAAAUGGCUUUAAGGCUGGGGCUGCACUUUCAGGGAGCCAAGCAGUGAAAGGCUUUUUUUUUUUACUUUUGAGGUAAAUCCCAUGGAAUUGUUUUGCUACGAAUGAAGUUGGGAUCCUUUGGCGUAGAACCUUUGUCCAGUGUGCAGAGCCUGGCAGUGUGUCAGGAGCCUGAGAGCCAUGGCUGACCCAGACCAAACAUGGUUCCUUCUGGCCCAUGGUGGCUGAGCCGUGCCUGCAGUGCAGAUGGUGUGGAACACUGCCUUGUUGUUGCCUCCAGUUUUAACUAACACGAAGCCUCUUCCCCGUGCUUUUGUUUAAAAUAUGCAGGAGAUGUCAGAGCAAACCAUGGUGUCUCAGGCUAGGAGAGUGCCCAGCAUCUCUUUGUAGCGGGCUUGCAAUCAGGUAUAAAUUGAAAUACAGCCAUGUAGGCGUGGUAGAAGCGCUCUCGUCUCUACCCUUUGCAACUGUGUGCACUUCUGUUUUAAUACUAGCAGAUAUCAGGCAAUGAUUUUAUUAUUUAAUUGUCCAAGGUUCCAAGUACUGUAAAUACAGUCUUUGUGGUAUGCACGUACAGUACACAGAAUGCUUUCCCUUGGAGCCUCUCAAGGAAUGUUGCACGUACAUAAUAUCAAUCUCAAUUGAUUCAACAUAAACCAAGGAAAAGAAACGGGGCUUAAGCCCAAGUUAAAUAAUGAAUGGAAUCAAACCCUCAGACCUAAGCAGCGAGGAGUUCCCAACCGUAGUAAUCCAGGUCAGCUUUGACAGUUUUGUAUAAAACUCUGUCCAAAUGAUCUAGAUUAGGUCCGUGCUCUCUCCUGGAGAGGAGCAUUUACUUUGUGUCUUUUUCAAGCCCAUUGCUCUUAACUCUGGGAACUCUGUACUGCAUUCAUGAUGUGCCAGCCUUAUCAUGAUUCAGCUAUGAAACAGUUUUUCAAAACUGUGCAACUCUUGCAUUCCUAUUGGAAUCAGUCUAGAGCUUUAUUUUGCAUUCAAUUUUAAGAAAUAAGAUACGGUUACAAACUUCUUGUUAUGUCUCAAAGUUAACUUUUGCAUGGCAGAGAGGCAGUGUUCUCCUUGGAAGGCUUGGUUCCUCCUCAUUGAUUCUUGUGACUGAUGUGUUUGUGUGGAAAAAGUUGAACGAGAUAUUGAAAACAUUGGUGUAGUUCAUCUGUAUUUCUGAUAUCCAGUAGGCUUUGUGUUACACGAUUCUGUAUUAAAACCUAAUGCCUUUCAGAUAGGGGUAAAUCUUGUAGGACAGUCCAAAUUAUUAUACGCAAAAGGUAUGAGUAGCUAAUUGAUCACAACUCUAUUAUUGUAUAAUUUGCUCUCCCCCAAUUUUUUUUUUUUUUUUUUUUUUUUUUUGCUACUGCUAAUGUUUUCUUUUUAUGUUCUGCUUCCUGGACAAGUCUGAAAGCUCUUUGUUCUCAUUUGUGCAGGAUACUUUUUUAAACCUCUGCUACAUUUUCCCUCUCUGUUCAGUUUGCAUACAGCUUGUUUCCACAAACAAGAUUUGAAAUAGCACAGAUGUCACACUCCAUUUAUAGAAGUUCAUUUACUCAUUUAUUGAGAGUCUCUCUUCAAUUAUAACCAUAGCUAUUUAUAUAAAAUAAAGAAAAAAACAGGACAGGUAAUAUGUGACUCUUUCUAAGAACCUAGCAAACCAAGCUGUUUUAAAACUCAAGCAUUGUGUUUGCACCAUCACUGUAUAUCUCAAAGAAGGGUAGUUGGCUCUCACCAACACUUAAGUAAACAUUAAUAAGGAAUAAAGCAAGCCUUGCUGAUUUAUUUUGGUUAAGAAUUCAACUUCUUGGUGUAGUGGAACCAACCUUGUUUUUCAGAGCUUGUGUUUCAGUUUCUUACGUCUUCUAUAUAUUUAUACUCUGCUAGCAAAGAUUGAUUUAGGAUUUCAAAAAACAGUUUAGUAAGGUGUAUCUGAAAUGUAUUUAAAGCUGAAGCGCCUUUUUAGGUUUGUCUGUAUUUGAUCAUUUUCAUGCAAGACUUUUAUUACGUGUGGAAGAAAUGAAUUUGUCUUUUCCCAUUGCCUUCCCUAGUCACAGUUCCAAGGUGUGGUUGGUUGGAGUCACUUUUGCCUGCAAUGAAAACUUUUGGUCAUUUUUAAGCUGACUGCCAUGUAUUUCAAUCCAUUGUUCAAAGGAAAUGAGCAUUCAGUAAUGUUAAAGGAUAAUGAGUAUGUUUUGUUGUGAAAAGUGUGAGUUCUUGGGAACCUUUUCUACAUGCAGUUUUCAUUCUAAUUCAAUUUAAAUGUCAUUUUUAAUCUGAUCCAUACUUUGACAAAGAUGAUGUGUAAGAGCUGUUUUUAGCAGUUGGAUUGUUCCUUUGUAAAGUAUUAAAGCACUAAACCAAUUUUUGCAAUAGGUAGUAAAACUUGCUUAUGUUUUGAAAAACUUCCAGUUAUAACUGUCGCACUUUUUAUAGCAGAACUGUAUUUAAUUUCUUUCUUUUAUGAAAGAUUACUCCAAGUAACUGAUAGCUCUGUAAUCUGUGUGAAUUGACUUCUCCAUUAUUUGAAACAGAGAGAAGCUAUAAUGCCUAUUCAAUAAAAUUAACUUAUUUCUAAA